AUGUCGACCAGCUCUGCUUUUAACGACGAGAAGGGGGGCUCGUCCAGCGUCGGGGAGCCUGAAUAUGGUCACGACCCGGCGAGCGGAGGGAUUUUCUCCUCCGACUACAAAAGGUACGGAGCUACCUGCCGCGGUGCCGCUUAACGACGGAUCUGUAUUGUCAUGUAGUGGUGGGGGGGUAUACUGGGCUAGUUAAUGGCGGAGGAUCCGUUUGUGAUUUUUUCCCCUGUGUUAUCAUACACAAACGGAGCACAGAAACCCUCUCAAACCCAACUUUGUUUGCUAACAGGCCCGUAAAUUGAAGCUGCUUCUCUGAUUGUGGUCCUGAAUCUCUCACUCUGAUUUAGCUGUGGUGUCAAAUAACGGCCGAGUGUUGGUGUUGUGUGCGGGAUAUAGACGCAUCCGCUGGUCUGUAUUCAAAGUAGAGAAACCCCUUGUGUAAAUAUCGUCUGUGUUUAUCUUCUGUUUGUGUGCUGAGAUGUUAUAAAGGCCUGUUGUCAUAGAAAAAAAAAGGAUGCCAGGCCUCUGCUUCAGGUUUUCAGCACCACCCCUGCUGGACAGCGCGCAUAGCAGCAGCAGCAGCAGUUCACUGAGAGAAUAUACAAGAAUCAGAUCUGUGAAGGUUUUAUUAUGAGAUUAUGUUCAGUUUAGAAUUAUUUAACUUAGACACUAUUUAAAAAAUAAUAGAAAGUUAAAGGGGAAAUAUCCUUGGGCUUUUGCUCGAGUUUCUUCUUGUUCUCAUUAUGGUUACAUGCUGUAUCUCAGGCAGAGGCAAGCUUCAUUUCAAAGUAUACACUACAAUUGCUUGGUAAACAUGAAAACAAUUCUCAUAGACAGCCUAAAAUCAGUAGCUUUACUUUAUCACUCUAGUUUGGAUGUUACAAAAGUUAAAAAGGCUCCAAACAUCAAGGGAAACCUUUUUUAUUUUGGAGCAAACUCAAUGAUUAGCUUUAAAGUUGCUAUGAGGAAUUUUUGGUUUGUGCUGAAAUUGGCGCCCCCUGUAGAGAACGUUUCACUUCUUAUCUCAUGUCCUGUAUAUAUGAAAGUAGUGUUUUCAGUAGGCCUGGGCAAUUUGGCAAAAAAAAAAAAAAAAAGAUCACAAUAUAUUUUGUCAUAUCGUCCGAUCUCGAUUAUUAUCACGUUUUUUUUUUUUAAACUGCCAGUUUUAAAGUAUCUGUACUAAAAACUAAAGACACUAGAGAUGAGCUCAACAUUUUAUUAACAUACAAAGUAAACAAAGCAAAUUGAAUAAGAUAAACUUAGAAAAGUAUAAAAAAACAUUUUAACUCAAUAGUACAACAAAUGUAGAUAAACACUAAAUGAAACAGCGAAUCAGUUUACAGUCCUCGGUGUUCUUGCAGGUAUGAAAGACCCAAAAUAAACGCGGAGAUACCGAGAGCUUUUUGGCUUCAAAUCCCUACACAGGCUGGAGGCGAAACCAAGUUGUCCAUAGUGUAUACAGUCUUUGGUUAAACCGCCUUGACGAUUAAGAAAGUUGACUUGACAGACACAACCCCCCAGAUAAAUUAUGUUAUAGUUCUAUUAUAUUAAUUUAUAGUUAAACAACACAAAUGGAGGAUUAUGCCAAACUAGUUGAUAAUGUGUUUUACUGAGAAAUUUACCUUUUUUGAACAAGUUGAAAUGUUUGGUACUGAGUUUAUGGUUACACCACAUUUACAUUUUCCCUGAAUAUUUUCUAAAAAUUGAUAAAAUCCAGAAAUUUUAGACAAGGUCUUCCAUAAGAAAAUAAAUCUAAGUAAUUAGUGAGUUUAUUUUCAAUUUUAAUCUUUUUAAAUUUAACUAAACCAUUGGAACAUAAAAAAACUGUGUCAUGUCAUUGACCCAUAUACUACGGACAUAUUGGUUCGCCAGUAAACGGAUUUGAAGCCGAAAAGUUCUCGGUAAUUGCGCGUUUUUUCUCCACUUCCUGAAACCAACAUUGCGCAGUAGCGGUUUACGAAUUCGGCGGGAAAGUCGCCGAGAGUCGCUGCGAUGACUCUCGGCUCAAACAGCGAAUCCCCCGGAUGAGCUCAGCAAUCUUCGUACGCCCAUUGGCUGUAUCAAGUGUCAAUCAUACAAAACAGUAACCCCCUAGUAACUUUUAAAAUGGAGCUGUACACUCAAAGUUAAAAUCAUCGGUGCUCCUGUAGAUGCCAACAGACUACCAGCAAACGAGGAUAAAGUGAUAUACUCCAGGACCCGAGGUAAACAGUUUAGCGGCGCUACAACACACAGCAGGUUCCAUUUGACAAGAAACACUUCUGUUAGCUUGGCUUACUUUGUUGAAGCGGCUUACCUGUUCAUUAGACAGCUUACAGGGUCCGGAAGAUCCCGAAGCGUCCCCGAUAGUCUGCUUCAUUGAUGUUGACCGGCUUUUUAGCUCUUGUCCGGGUGGUCUACCUCCAUUUAAGCGCCCUUUAUCCGCCAGAGUCUCCGGUAUUUACUCCGUUUUCAUGCUUGUGUCGGCGGCCGUGGCCAAAGGAGGAUUCAGACAACUUCUCGUACUUUCUGGUUGGUUUCUACUGUCCGAUAUUGUAGCACGCUAACUUUGUUUGGGCUCGUGAACAUUCGUCGAGUACAUGGGGCGUGUCUCACAACACGAGGGAACAGCGUCAACCUCACAGCCAAUCAGUUUGGGGGAUGUGGAGAACGUCUUUACUUACAGUCUGAAUGAGAGGGGUGCCAAAAAUUUAAAAUGUUGACUACAAAGACAUAAGAGAACACAGAGAUAUCGUUAUUUCCCCAAAUGUUAUCAAUAACUAAUAGUUAUUGACUGAUAUUAAAAGCUUUACAAAAAGAUUCUUCUUUAACGGAUUCCUGACUACCCACCUUUAAAGAGACAAUAGCUUGAAAGAAGCAGCAAUGAAGGUUUUCUAAGACACUAAUCUUAGAUAAGUACUGAAUUUAAUGAACUAUAGAUUAUGUAAAGCUUCUGCAAAGCUUCAAGAAGGAGUUUUAAAGCCCAAUUUUCACACCACAAACACUGACCUUUAAUUUGAGCAAAUAAUUGUCAAAAACCUCAGUACAUUAGGGCUCUCUAAACCCAUGUAAUGUAGUUGUGUCUUCAAAUAACCUCAGACCUACAGUGUAUUGCAGUGGCGGCUGCUGGUCUUUCAAGGAGGGGAAGCUCAUUUUUCUGGCCUACAUCAUAAUUGUAUUUGGUUAUUAGUAUGUAACAGAACAGAGUCGCCAAACACAACGGCAGUCAUUUUUAACAAAGACAAAAGUCGCUGAGGAUCGGUAAGGUCUCCGGAGCAGUUAAGAACAACGGAAUGAAUAACUUGGAAAAUGCUCUGGUAGAUGUUUUAUUCUUCUCGCUGAUUCGCUUGUUUAGCUGUCAAUCAAAAAAGGAUUUCGCCUCAGACAGCUCAUCCAAUCAUGGAUGCAGAAGCUUGGAGUCCGGGAGAAAGUCGGGACCGCCCUCUCGCCAUAGAACUCCAGUGAAGCUGGGCUUCCGAUGGGCGGGACAAAGCCCAGCAUUUAUCCAAUGAGCGUCUAGUUUCGCUGCUGGAACAACCCACUUUAAGCUUCCACAUUGAAGUCAGCAGAAGCCCAGCGUCCGGCUGUUUAAAGCGCUGAGGCGCUGCGAGGAUGAAUGAGAACGAAGUUAUGCCGGUUACCUGUGAUUAUCAGCUUCUUAUCACAGUGUCUGAACAAAAGAUGAAGGCUUUCUAGUGCGUAUUUAGUUAAUGAAAUGUACACACAGCAGUACGUAUUUCACCACUUUUUCUUUUUUUUGAGGGGUGACAUUUUAAGGGAAGCCGAGCUUCCCUUGCAGUCUUAGAGCAAUCGCCACUGGUGUAUUGGUAUUUCUGUUAAUUCCUGGUGAAACAUUUGUAGUGCUAUCAUUGGUCAGUAAAUCAGCCAGGCUUAUUUUUCAUUCUGAUUUUACUUUUAUUUCUGUUUCUCUCUAACCUCCAAAAGGAAAAUAAAUCAUCCUGUAAAAAAAAAAAAAAACCUUGAAAUUCUUGGUCUUAUUUUUGAUCCAGGUCAAAAUAUCCCUGUUUUAAUAAGAUUAGUUUCAAAAUAAUUAAGACUACUGGAAUAUUAUUAGCCAUAGUAAUUGUCUUUGUAGAGAAAACCUUUCCAUGACUUGUAUAUCCUACUGCACCAACAUCCAUGAAUUCUUCCAGUUAAAGUCAGGUCAGCUGUUUAACAUGAAACUUUCUCACAGGACAUACUUUUUUUUUUUUGGUGAAUGUUUAACCUGAGUGGAGUUUAAAACAUUAUUCAUGGUUGUCUGAAUUAGAUCAUUGUCUGGGUUGCAUCCCAACCUGCUCUCCUCUCACUUCACAAUUGUUGUGAUCUGUGAAUGGUUUUCAUGAUGUUUGUUGCCUACCUUUUGCUCAAGUGAAACUGGUGAUGAAAGUACACAGAUUUAAAAGUAGCAUCAUUAAAACACAGGACUUUUUUUUUUUUACCACUGUUGACCAGCAGAGGGAGCUCAUUCUUCACAGAAGUUUGUAGUGAUGAUCUGUGACCUUUAGCUGAAGGGGAGAAGAUCUUUGCCUUAAGAGUGUGUUCCAAUAUUUUGACAAGAUUGUAAAUCACUCAUGUUUAUCUUCCGCUCCUCUUGAUUAAUGCAGGCGUCAGCUGGGCGUGUUCUUGUCCAUAGUUGAUCAAUGUUUGCAGGAGUCAACUCUAGUUGAUCAUCCGGUUUGUCUGUAAACAUGACAAUGACAGUGCUGAUUCAGCUUUCACUGUCGUCUCCUUGGAAACACAGCAGAUGGGGAUUGUUGCUUCAGUUCUCAAACAUUGUCAAUCUAUCUUCUAAUACUCUGAGGGAACAUGUUUUUUUUUUUCGUUUCCCUGUGAGCCGGUAAUAACUGACCUUCAGAUGUUUAACUGUAGAGAGUUCAGCAGGUUUGCUCACUGUCAGGACGUUUACUGCAGUUUAAAACUAUCGGUUCAUUGAGGGCACCGCUGCUGAAGAACUCUGCAGAAUAUUUUGUUUAUAAGCAACGCCGAUGAUCUUUAGACACAUAUCAACAUGUGUCUGUCUCUCUUGGUGGAUUAUGAAGGGGGACUUUUGGCCUUUGUUUAAUCUGAAUUUACUCAUUGUAUUAACCAUUCAAAGAUAUUUGUCUUGUUUUAAUAUCUUUCCUCUUACGAUUUUUGUAAAUGCACUUCUUUUAACUAACACUCAAGGAACAGUCAAAAUUUAGCAGAAUUUAUUUAACAUAGCUGGAGAUGGAUCACCAAACCUUACACUAGCAGAGCCAGCACCCCCAGCCGUCAAUGCUCUUCGUGGGUUAGCAGUGGUUAUAUGCCACAUUAACUAGACACAGCCUAUGUAAAACUGUGUCUUUAAUUUUGACAUAGAAAUACUACCAAACUGUUUCACGCUUGGAGAUGCUGUUGGUCACCUGUCAUCACCCGACACCUGAAAACCCUGUGUAGAGCAUCAAAGAGAAAUGACGGGAACCAUUAUUUUUUAGAAGUCAAUCUGAUUGAGCUCACACAUCCCUGUUUUAGACUGUUUGUAUCAGCAAUGAGGGUAAACUGAGAGGUUGUUGGUCACAAAAUAGUUACCUCUCAAAAAAAUGGACUUCACUCUAUCAGUUUUAUAUGUAUUAAACAAAAAAAUUACAACCUUUUGAGUUUUUAAACUCUACAGCUGUUAGUAGGAACCUGUUUCUUUCCGCAAAGCCAAGCUAUUUCUCUUCAGUCUUCAUGAUAAACUAACUUCACCAUUUGCCUGUCGUUGCAUUUCAUUAAGCAUAUGGAGACGAGACUGGUAUCAGUCUGCUAGUCUACCGCCAAGAAGACACAAAUAUAUUUCCAAAUGAUUAAACUACUACCCUUCCGAAAAAUCCUCAUUUGCAUUUUUGGAAACCACUGAAACUAGCACAUUAAAUCUAAAAGGCUAAUUUCCAUUUCAGUCCUAGGAGGUGGAGGAAUGAAUUGGAAUCCCAGCAUCAGGACUCAGAUUUACACUCACAGCAGUUGAUUAAUUCAUGGAAGUCUUCGUAUAUCCCUCUUGAGAUCCAUCCUAUUUAGCUUUUUUUCAUUUGUAGAAUUUGACGCCACCGCAGCACCGCACCCAAAAUGAGAAAGGAAGAUUUUGAUAGGAAAAGAGGGGGGUCUUUGGUACAGCUCUUUUAUUGUUGUUGUCAGAAUGAUAGGAAAUUUCCAGAGCUGUAUUUUAUAAUGUUUUAAAAGGCUGCAGAUUUUUUUUUUUAUUAUUUUGUAGUGUUAGAUAUAGACCAGAUUUUCCUUCCAAACAAAUGAAGCUGUAAAGAUUAAAGGAUGUUGUCUCUUCAGUGAGCAUGUCUCUGUUAUGUCUCUGCUUCAGGUGAAACACCAGGAUCAUUACUGUCGAUGUAACUCGCACUAAAAGCUGCAGCUCUGAGGUGGAUCUCUUGUUAACAUCACAGGUUAAAAAUCGUGUUAGUCAGUGGCAAAUUUCGACACUUGGCUGAUGUGUGAUAGAUCACAGGAAGAGCAUAUGUGAAUUGCACUUCAAGGCAGUUAUUUUGGUUCCAGCCAAAGAGAAAAGAGUGGGAGAGCGAGAGAGAAAGAGAGAGAGAGUUGUCCUGAUCACGACUCUGCCAAGAAAGCUGAGUCACGAAAGACCAGAGAAGAGAAAAACAGGACCUCAUAGAGUAUUAAAAAUGAAUAAGAUGGGGGCAUUUUUCACCUAAUGAGCAGGAGGUGUGAGUGAUAUUUAAAAGCAUCUGCCGGGGUACGGAAAAAAAGGUUUGCUGGCAGCGAGAAGGAAGAUAAAGAAAGCUGUGAAAGAGUGAGAGUAAAGGUGAAUGAGGUAAGCGAGACUUCUGGUUGCUAAUGUGAAGAGGCGGAGCACAGCUGACAAGCAUGAAGCAGGGGGGAGUGAUUACGUGGCCAGAGAUGGGAGAGGCUGUGUCAUUGUUGGAGAGCUCGGGUACAUGGACGUGUUGCACAGGGAGGCAGAGAGAGGCUGGUGCAGCAGCAGCAGCAGCAGCAGGGACCACAUGAGCAGCGGGAGGAGUCGCGAGAAGAGAGGAGGCUUCACGGUGAAUAAAACUCCACGCCCCUCUCUGCCAAGCAUCCAUUUACUGAGCAGCUGAUGUCUGCUGCUUCACUGGAUGCGUACAGACUCAGCAGUAUCAGAAGAAAACCUACCCUGCACUGGGGCUCUUGUGGAUUUGGAUUACAGCUCAGAGUAUAUCAUUCUCGUCACUGUGGAGAAGUCUUUCACCAGGCGCUGGAGCAUUUCUAAGGAGGUUUGUUGCAUCACUUCAGCAAAAAACGUGUCCACGUUGGAUAUAUUUAACCUCAAAGGAAAGGAGUAUUUAUAACUGAGGUGUCUCUCUGCUGCAUGAAAUCUAACUAAGGAGGAUCAGGAGAAUUAAUCCAACUAAUUAGCAAAAGGGAUCAGCUUGAUAAAACUGCAGUCUUUGCUCUAAAUCUACCUGGGAUUCUACAGGUUUUCCCCAAGUUGCGAAGAUGACCACCAUGCAGAAGCUGCUGCAGCUGCCAGUGAACGCAGUGAACAUUGUAAAGACGGUGCAGAGUCAGGUCCAGGGCCAGGAGGAAGACAAGAGCCCUGUGCUGACCCCUGACAGCGGGCAGUCCUGGUACAGCGCCCUCCAGCCUGAUGAGCUGCGACACCUUAGAUCUGGAGGUACAGGUGGCGGUGGAGGAGGGGGAAGCAGUGGUGGAGACCAUGAGGAGCGAGCACCACUGGAGGAAGGAGGUGGGGGUGGCGGUGGCGGCACUUUCCAAACUCAACCUUUGCGGUAGGAUAAUCUAGGAGGAUGUGAACCUGCUCAUGUACGUCAAUGGGCAUCUAGAUGCUAUUUUCCCAGGGCAGAUCAAAAUUAGUGCAAGUGAACAACAUGCUGAAAUGUUUAAAAGAAUCAUAUUUGGGUAUGCCAUUGGUUUCUCAGAUCCACUGAAAAAAUGAAUUUUAUUUUUGCCUUGCCAAAGUUGAAGUGCUUGCAACCUGUAGAUACACACAGCACACGAUAGGUUUGGCUUGUGGGAACUCUUUCAUUUGGUGCAACCAAAACAACCUCUUAGUGCACCAGCAAAUGUCGCAGCUAAUGUCAAGAGAACAUUGAAAUAGUAUUGACACUAUUUGGAUUGGUGCUUUAAGUGGUGUGCGUAUCCAGUCAGUAUCAGUGUAUCAUAAGUAUUAUGUGCUUAAGUUCUAAAGUUAAUAAAGAUAGCACAAGGUAAUGGUAAUUUUUACAACAUACAGUCACUGAAAAAUACUACUUCAUUGUACCACAAACAAAGAACUUCUGCAUCAUUGUGCUCCUGUACGAUUUUAAGCCAUUUUGGGGCCAGGCCAAUAUGAGUAUCCUACACUGUACAAACUAGAAUUGGGCAUUUCAAGCAAUAAAACAAAAGCUAUUCAUUAAUCAAUACUCACUCCCCCUUCUGCUGGGUGCCUCACUCUUUUAGCUGUUCCAGACCCAAGUUAAGCUAGUUUUAGCUGGCAAAGUUCGCAUGUGACCUCAGUUGUAUUUCCUAACGAAGUUCACCACAGAACUUUUUUGUCGAUGACAGUCUGCAGUUUUUAUCUGGUCCCAAAUCCCACAGAACUACAACUGUUUUACCAGCUCCUGGCAUUAAUGCUUUCUUCUUCUUUUGUUAUGAAUUGGCAGUCAUUAAACAGCCCCCAGAUGGGCUGCAGCUUUCAUGUGGCAGUUGUGCCCUUUUACAGCCAAGCUCUGGUAAAAAUCAUUGUAAAAUAUAUUUUUUAAGACAAUAGUUGCAUCAGUACACAUCUAUAAAUGUUAAGAAUUAUGACCCAUCCUCAGUGAAUACUUGUGUGGCUGUAGAUAGUGUAUAUUUAAGUGCUAUGAUAGCAAGUAAAGAGAAACUGGUAGAUGGUGAGAAAAAGGAAGGACAGUGGCAGCUGGUAAGAAGUCCAAGUGCAUUGAAACAAGCCCAGGUACACCAAGGGGUUAAAGUUGGAGGUCUAAUUACCAAGCAGGAUUACAAACGUCUGGAGACACUCAGUUCAGUUGAUACACAGGGAUAACAUUGGUUUUGAUGCCACUGGUUAUACUGGUUUUUAACAGCUACCUGCUUCAAAAAUGAAACUGGAAGCAGCCAUCACAUCACAUUCAAAGAUCACCAAACGAUGGUAGCCACCGGUAUUAGACCCCACAUUGCCUUGGGAAGCCAUGACCAUGUACUUAGUGAACAGAAUCUACUCGUACCAGAUCAGUAUUCAUGUAGCUUCAUAUAGCUCCUCUUUAAUGUGGCUGUGACUAUAUAACAUGCAUUGGCAUAAUUCAGACAUACAAUCUCAUUUAAAGUCCAUAAUGGCUGCUUUGCCUUUUAGUUAAUUAGACUACAAACCAACAAACUAUGAACAUUCAAAGUGGUGCUCUCCAGAAUCUGAUUUGCUUUGAGAGAGGCAUAAUGACACUUUUGGACUUGACUGAGUCAUACAGAUAAAGGAGAAUAUUUUUAUGUUUACUUGAUGUGGGUUUUACUAGGGUGCACUUAUGAUUGGUUUAUGUAAGCAUAUUUUUCAUCUGUCACCAAGAAAAACAAGAAACUUUUUAAGUCUCUUAUAAAAGAGUCAGCUUAUGUAAAACAGCCUCACCAGCUUUUUAUGAACGCUGGCUUUUCUCUGAUUCAUGCAAAUACAUUUACAUAUCUUCCCCUUUUAAUGUUUUUACUCUCAUGCAUAGUUUUCCUGUUAGUGAAGAAAAAUUAAAUUGCAUCUCUUAUCAUUGAACACUGGCCUACUUCUAGAGACUUUCCAGUUGGAGAGUUGUGCAAGUCUCUUGGCUGGGGUUUAUGCUGGGUAACCUGACCACUGGUGUACUCUGUUGUACCACAGUGGGUUAAAUAAUUCAGAGCUGUUUGUAAAUUCAGCUGUUGUCCGUCAGGGGGGACGGGACAAAUCCAGGGGAAUAAGAGAACCGGUGUGGGUGUAGAAUUUCUGUCAGUCCUUUGGGCUUGAGCAGAGACGUAUGAACCCAGUCAGAGGGUCAUUUUUCAUGGAGAUGCCCAAGAUAAGGCUUUCUUUCUGAGAUCACUUACGGAAGUGGUGCUCGUGGAUUGUUAAAAUAAGUCAUUAUUGAACGGAAAGAAACGUGAAAUGACUGUUAACCUUUGCUCCGUAAACCGUACCGAAGUGGUUUUUGCUGUGGAAAAAGAGUUUUAGUUUAGUGUUUUCUUCAGUCCAACUUUUAUCCAGUUGUGAUGGUAUAACUCUGGCUCAAGGCAACUGUAUCUGAUCCUGUUUGUACAAAUAUCAUAUCUUAGUCCUUGUGUAGUCUUUUAGAAGAUGCAAACUGCAAGUAAACACUUCAGGGUGUUUAUAUCUUUAAAAUGAUGUGAAUCAUUAUCAUUUAAAAAACAAUUAUACUAGGGCUGGGUGAUAAACUGAAAAUUUACCGAUACUGAAAUUUACAACAAUAACUGACGUCAUUUUGCCCAUAUCAGUAUAUUCGGUGUCAAAAAAACUGGUUUUGGGUGUGUGUAGGUUGUUUCCUGAUAAAGGAAUAAUUUGUUUCCUGAUACUAUAUCGAUACUUUGAAUUGUACUAUCGCGAUAUUUAAAGACAAUAGAUUUCCCCCCCAUGAGUCCCAUCUGUGUUUUUAUUAUGGCUGCUACAUUCAUGGUAUUAAGUGCAUUAAUUUUCAAUAAAUGAUGUGAGUGAUAUCAAAUGGUUAAUGGAGUCAAUUUCUCCAUUGAGUUAUCAAUAUAAUGUGAUGCACAGGCUUAUUAUUAGACUACCCAGGUAGUUUACGGUAAGUUGUAUUUUCAGCUCUACAAAAAAAGGGUAAAAACUUGUUGAAUAUCGCAAUAUGUAUGGCAGUAUCAUAUCACAAUGUAUCCCAAUAUAUCGUGAUACUCUCACAUUGUGACCCAAGUAUCGUGAUACAUAUCGUAUCGUGAGAUUCUUGCCAGUACCCAUUGAAACUAGUAGCUUUUGAGCAUCACAGCUUUCAUGAACAAAAUUGAGUUGUUUUUUUCUUCUGACAAACAGGCAGCAAAUGGCCCAAAAAGCAAAUCCUCCUUGUAGGGGGUCAUACCACAUGUGUACCCUGUCUGAGGCUCCAAAUAGGAGAUAAGUUAUUACCCGCUGACAGGUCUAAUGUUUGGCUGCUGCUUCUGCAAAUGUAAUCAAUGCUUUCAGGUCCAGUUCUAAUUAGAUCGUCAUAAACCUGUUUGUCAUCAAACAAGCCACACAAAUUCCUGUCACUUAAAUAAUUAGUGAAGCUGAUGAAGGCGGUAAACAGACACAUGCCGUAAAACUAAUUAAGCCGGUGGUUGAUAUGUGUCUGUACUCUGCCAUACAUUUUGGCACUUUGACAGCGUCUUUGAAAUAUUCAAAUUGACCUGUCUAUCAUGUCUUCCUGUUUCCAAGACUGUUUGUUGAUAACAUCCAGAGAAGUGAUUUUUGUUUUCAACUGGAAGGAGUGAGAGUGAAAAUGAAAUAUAGAAAAACAAGGUCAGAGCAACAUCAUUGAACAGCACUGCAGUUCAGCGAGUUUGUGCUUUAAUGGAAAGUGUCUCUCUCUCUCUGUCAUUAGAUUCAGCCCUGUAUGAUUCCUGAAUAUUGGUGCAAAGUUAUGAGUCUUCGACAUGAAAGGUGACGCCUCAGAUUUAUGGGGACCUGCUGUAGGUUUUAUAGCCACAGUAACAGCAUGCCAUGGUAGCAGUCUCCAGAUUGUAAUUUCCCAACAAUUUUAGUUGGGUUGUAAUUAAACUGAUACAGACAUUUAUGGAGCCCAGAGGAUGAAACCCUAUAGAAUUUGUAAUCCCUGGCCUGUCUUCUUGUACAACUGUAAGGUUGACCUUUUUCCAUGUUAAGUGAAAUAUUACAUGGUGCACUCGUUCAUGUUCCUUUUUAAGAUGAAUCAUGGCGAGGCUUUCAUUUUUCCAUUUCAUCAUGUUGAAUAAGGGAUGUUCUGAAGCGACCAUUUUCCUGUUAGUAUGAAUGAAAAUAUAAAUUCUGACCAGCCAAGUAGAAACAAGUCAAAGAAAAAAAAAUGAGCACAGUUAAUUAACAAGGCUAAUCAAGGGAUCACAGAGUCUGUGGGUGAACAAGAUGAAAAUGCAAAGUUGUCACGGUAAUGUUUCUCCUGCAAGACCAUGCAUUAAAAACACAAAUUAUGACUAUUCUGUAUGCCUUUUGACUGCUUCACAUGAUCUCUGUUUUUACAUUUGUCCAAGAAUUAACAAGAAAAGAAAUUCAUUUUAAAAAGUACAAUGUUUUCACAAUAAUUUAUUUCUCAGGUGCUCUAAGUUUGACCUUUGCUUUAAUAUUUUGUCUUUAUACUUUAUUUGGCAAGCAACACUUCAGGCUCGACAUCAAAUGCAGAGGAUGGAGGAGUUUUCAGGCUGUAAUAAGGAGACUAGCUGAUAGAAAUGUUCCCAUUUUUGGAGUCAUGGCCAGAGGCCGCAACCCAUCAUCACAAUUUCACAGGGAGAAAUGAACCAGUGGGACCCUCAUUUUCUGCAGGAAAUCUGCAUUAGUGUAACUCAUCCUCACGUCUCAGCUUUCAUGGCUUUGGGCGAGUUAUCUUUACAAUUUUCAUAGAUUUAUUUUUUAAAUUUGUUUUGGGACACAUCCUAAAAUAUGCAUCCAAGAAGAAACCCGAGUCGGUUCAUUUCCCACAUCCAAAAAUAAUCCCAAACAGCAUUUGAUAGAUACCGUCAGGUUUUAAUUUGACACUCUUUGAUGAAUUAAGGUUUUGAAGUGUGUGAAAGAGUGAACUAUAUCACUCGUGCAUUAAAAUGAUUAACACUUUGAUGCUUGAUGAAGACGAAAGAGGACAUCUUUCUUAGCGCACUGGAAAACUGGCACACAUGCACACGCAUCAUUGGAGUCCUAAUAAAUCAGAUGUGUCGUGCAGCGGUCGCCUCCUUAGAGCCUGGAGUGCCUCUGUGCAUUCUUGUCACACCAUCAAAACAAAUAAAACACCUUGUACAACCCACCAGUCUCACACUCAGGCAGAGAAAUAAAGUAAAUCAUCCUAGAAAAGUUGGAUCACCCAGUUUGAAAAGUAAUUUUUCUAAGUUUGGUCGGCUUGGGCUCAGAGUUUCAGUAUCGGCAUGUCUGGGUUAUGGGGAAAUUAGUCACUUCAGGAAAUUCCAACAUUUGGUGGAGAAAGAACAGAAAACAAAAAUUUUGAAAGUCCUUCUGGGUUGUUUUGUGUUCAUGCAAUAUUCAGAUGAUUAAAUUAAAGGUCCCCUAUUAUGAAAAAAACACUUUUGGGUAGUUUUCAUUCAAAUUUCAUUCUCUCCGUCUUUUGCUGUCCCCUGCUUUCUGAAAACAUGAGCGCAAAUGGGCGAAUAGAAAAGCUGUGCGGUUAUGACGACAUAAACGCAUAAGCUCCCUCCUAGAAGAGGAAACGGAGACGGAUGGAGCAUUUUGUCUGUCCUAUCCUAUCAUUCUGUCCGUCAUUUUGCACAUAGCGGGGGACAUUACAGCCAAACCACGUUAGUCACGAGAGAUAACUUAAGCAUUCCACUUUUCAAAAUAUUGGGUAUUCACAAAAAGAAAGUAUUCACCAAGUAACGACGAGACAGCGGAGACGUAGCUGUCAGAUAAGCUAACCCACCUAGCAAUGUAACAUAACACACUAACAAAGUAAAAACACAAAUAUAAAGACACAUUUUUGUAACCAACCAUUCAGAAAUAGACGUAGGUGUUAGAGGAGCUAACCCACCUAGCAGCAUAACUAAACACACUAAGUAAAAACACAAAUAUAAAGACACAUAAUAUUUUUAACCAACCAUUCAGAAACGUCCUUGUGCAGCCGCAGAGUUCGACUUUCUUUGGGAGCCUCUCCCUCCUUAAAGGAACAGGCGCAGACUCAGCCCGUUCUCAGUGGAACUAAAAAAGAGCGGGGUACAAGCUGGCUGAUAUCAACAAGUAAACUGUUGUUAGGCAACAAACUUUAAAUUUACUGUUGUGGGACCUCUAGGACUGAUUUAAACUUGAUGAAAAAUGCCAUAAUAGGGGACCUUUAAGUUAACCACAUGACUCCAAGAAUGAGGUUUCACACCAGAUUGUGUAUUCUUAUAUCAUUGCACACCUUUUGAUUUUAUAAAAGACACCAAGUACAAAAGACAGCAAGAGCUACCUUUCAUUGAACAACAGAGCAGCCACAGUCAGAACUGCAUUUCACCAGCCAUCUAACACCUGUUUUUCAGCAGUGAGGGUGAGAGUGAGGGUGAGAGUGGAAGUGAGAGUGAGAGUGAGAGUUUCAUGAACCUUCAGUCUCAGGAGGAGAUCUCUGUGUGUCUGCUGCUCAGCUCUGCAGACCUUCAGUCCCCCGUGAAACAAACUGUCAGAUGCACAAAGGCUCUGCAGGAAGGCAGGAAAUCACUUGACUUCAUUUUAUUGCAUCCUUUGUUGCCAAGGAAACUAGUCAAGGGAAAAUGAGCUGCUCUGCGGUUAUUUAAUCACCCCGCCCACCGGCGCCUGAGCCCCACCCUUUGAUUCCCACACCUCAAAUUGACAAGUUUAAUCUGUUUCAGGCCGAGUCUGUGUUGGUGGUUUGUUCGCUUUGAGUUAAAACAAACUAGGCGUUAACAUUGUGCAUGGGAAUUUUAAAAUUGGUAAUUGGCUAUCAAAAAUGUUGAAUGUAGAGAAGUUUUCCCUUUUCAUCUUGUACAAUGUGAAGUCAGUUGUACUUGACAUUAGCACAAGAGAGAGACAAUGUCAUUGAUUGGCAUUUCAGCCUCCAGCCAGGCGGUGUCUUUAUCUCCUCAGCUGGAGCAGUGAUCCUGUCUGCACCAAUCCGCUGCCUCUGAAUAACCGUCACUGUCUGUCUGCAUGUUCCUCCUGGCAGGUUUUGGUCGAGACUCCUGUGUUGUUUAUGUGUGUUUGGAUUGCAGCAGGGUGGGGAUGUCAGUGUAGAUCCAAACACAAAGAUCCUGCUCCUCAUGAGUGAAGUCAUCCAAUGUCUCCGAGAGGGAAAAUGAGCUAAAGUGACUGCAGAGUUGUGUGUCAGCUGGUCUUCAGCAGCUUGUGUGCGGAUAGAAACAACUGCUGUUCUCAUAAAAUGGAAAUAAACAAUCUAACUUUUGGGGUACCUGUUUUUAGAUGUGUAGAAAUUCAUGUUACUGUUGGUCUAAGAUGCUUGGAGGAAGAAAUCAAAAUAACGGCUGAUUUCCUCGUCAGUCAUCUGGUGUUAACAGCAGAUCAAAAUUUGAAUUGAUCUAAUAUUUAAUCUAUGACCAAACCUUACAUAUCGACAAUCCACAAUGUUUUUAUAAAAAUUCCUGCUCCUGCAAAAUUCAUGCAACAUAAAUCAAAACGGUCUGGACAGGGGAGUGUUUACCUUCGCGUUGCAUCACCUCUUUAUUUAAAACACUCUGGAAAUGUUUUGGAACAGCAGAGACCAGUUUCUGGGGUCUUGAAAUGUUGUCUUGUUUUUGCCUGAUAUAGGGUUUCAUUUGCUCGACGGUGCACCAUAUGUUUGAGGAUGUGCCAAGUGGAGACUGCAGGUGGUUUAGCACCUGAACUCUUCUAUCACUGAGCUAAGCUGUUGUCAUAUGCAGAAUAUAGUCAGGCAUUGUCUCGCUGAAAUACACAAGGUCCGCCCUGAAAAAGACAUUGUGUGGAUUAUAUUGUUCAGCGCUGAUGGCGCCUUUUCAGAUAGGAAAAAUACCCAUGCCAUGAGCAACCCACUGGACGUCUAAAUGUAGCCUAGAUGACUGGUCUAAAAUCAGGCUACCGCAGGUCUAAAAAUGAAAGUUUUUUAGAUGUCAAAAUUUAGACCAAGUCUAAAUCUGGGCUUUAUCUAUAUUACACUGUAUAUUGCUCAACAGCUAUCAUAAUUAUCUUGGUUAAGUACUUGGAGAUCAGUUAGCGUUUUGGAAUAAAUAGUCAUCAAAUAAUGGGUUAAAGUGAAAUGUCUAAAUUCCAUCUAAAAAUAUACAGAAUCUAGACGAUUGAAAUUAGGUCUAAGAUAAAACUAGACGUCUAAUAGCCGUCUAUUGCUCAGUGGAAAGUAUACACCCUGAUACCUCCACAGAUGCUUGUUGUUGGACUAUGUGCUGAUUAAAAGCUGGGUGGUCCCUCCUCUUUUCGGUGCAUCCAUGAUCAUGUUUACGUUCUCCUUCCUGCAGGGUAGAGCUUUAAGCUGCAGUUGUAGAUGCGAAACUCCACAGUCAUCAAGGUUUUUUUUGUCCUAUGCAGUGAUUUCCACUCCAGAGUUAUGUCUUCUGAAAUCACAGAUGUGCUGUAUUGCUUUUCAGUCUUGUCCUUUUUGUACAGGUUUCAUCAGAUCUCCUGAAAUAUUAAUAUCAUGCACUGUAGAUGAUGAUACCCUCAAACUCUUUGCAGUCUCAUGAUGUGAAUCAUCGUUAAUAUGAGAUUGUUGAACAGUUUGCUCAGGCAGUCUCUCACAGUCUGAUAAAUAAAUGCCAGAUUAACCUUUGGUCAUCCUGUGUCUUCUGCUCUAAAAUCUUCACCCUGUAACAUUCGCUCCUGGAUUUAUACCUUAACAUGUAAAAACCUGCUUGUAUGAUAUUUCAAAGCCUCGAGCCUGAGUACGGUUUUACUGAAGCACAUCUUCAGACAAGCGCAUAUUUAAAACUCCAAUCUUACUAAAACAUCUUUAAUUCGUCUUGGAUGUCACCAUGUUUCAGGGAUUAUGUCACUUUUCCGUUAUCACACUCCAUGAGCUGCACUUUCAAAGGUUUCCAUAUUUUGCCGGCUGGAUUUCCCACUUCAAAGAGAACCAUUUCUGGGUCACCCUUGUAGACUUUCAUACAUUUAGAGAGCUUGAAUGAAAAUCGUAACAAAGGUCUGUAUUUCAUGUUUGAAGUCUCUGCUAUCAGGGUUGUUUUGCUGUUUGCAGUACCGCUAAGAAGUAGGCUGAAAAUAACUAGCGUGCCCUGAGCUAAGUUUGAGCUUUUUCCUCCCUCAGACACGACGACUUGAAGGAGAUGCUGGACAGCAACAAAGACUCGCUGAAGCUGGAGGCAAUGAAGCGGAUUGUAGCCGUGAGUAUGAAUUAUGUUUACUUUGGGAUUUCACUGAUCAGCAGGUGCAGCUGCUCAGCGAGCGAAAGACAAAGGCGCGGAGAGCUUUGAGAAAAAAUGCCACAUGUACAACCCAACAUGCAACAUUUCUAAUUAAUUCAGAAGACUGAAGAUCCAAAACUUGUUCUCUAUGCAGAGUUUUGGCAAAAAGUGCUCCCAUGAAAGAUCUGAUACAAACUCAAACUGUUCUGUAUUUAAGAUCUUUAAAGUGAAACACACAAGCUGCACAGUCAGCUGUUAAAUAUUCAUAAUCUGUGUGAGAUUCCUCCCUCUGAAGCUCCACACCCCAAACCCUCAUUCAUCUUCCCUGCAGGACGAGGGAGAUAAAAGGGAGAGGAAGGCAUGAAAAAGCCGAAAACAAGAUAAAAAAAGUUUCACAGUCUGUUGCAAAUGAUUCAAACUCCUGAAAAAUGUCACCUUGUUGAAGUCUCUGCUUUAAAUCUGGUGUAUGUGUGUGUUUUCUGCAGAUGAUUGCCCGGGGGAAAAAUGCGUCAGAUCUCUUCCCCGCUGUGGUGAAAAACGUGGCGUGCAAAAACAUUGAGGUUUGUUAUGAACUCUAGUUUCAAGUAUAAACUGCUCCUUUCCCUCAGCUGAUAUAGUUUCAAGUUCUUAAAAAGUUGCUCUUUCUAUUAAAGCCAUUAAUGUUUUAUUUCUCCUUCAGCUUGAUUUAAAUUUAUACCUUACCUUAUCAUAUUUUAAAAGCCCCCCUGAGCUUUUCCUUUAUCUCACCUGAACAAAAUUGAAAUUUUCCUCUUCUCCUCUCUUUAAGGUUUUAAUCGUUUUGCCGCAUCUCCUCUCUUCAGAUUUAUCUCAGUGAAAAUAAUGGAACUCAUCUCCAUAAUUUGAGUUGAAAUUGUUUUUUAUCCAUCUGUUUUUUUUCCUCUUUUUGCUGCUCCCUGCAGGUGAAGAAGCUGGUCUAUGUUUACUUGGUGCGUUACGCAGAGGAGCAGCAGGAUCUGGCUCUGCUCUCCAUCUCGACAUUUCAGCGAGGGUUAAAGGUACAGCAGUUUUAAUCCACAUCAGUUUAGCCAAAAUUUUAACAAAUAAUUUUGAGCUUGAUGUUUUGAUAAGUUUAGAGGAUGAUAUACUGGAGAGUGUUGGCAACUCUUUUUAAUGUUACAACCCAGUAUGAGUCCAGGGAUAGUGGUUCAAAAACGCUAGGGUAUAAGCUUUGGUCUGUUAAAGUAAAAACACAAUAAGGACUCAAAGGAGGCAGAACAUAGAAAAGGAGGGUCUGUGAUUGACUUAAGAUCAUGAAAACAAACAAAACAGAACAGAACAGUUUCUUUCCUUAUCUAAAUGCAUUACCAGGAAAGAGGAUUAGGGCUACAUGAAGAGAAAAAAAGUCAUUACAGGAAGGAACUUGAAGUCAAAAUUACAAAUAAAUGUCAAAAUUUCAAGAUAAAAAAUGCAAUAAAGUCUGUAUUUCGAGAUUAAAAAUUUAAAUUUCGAGAUUACAGACGAAAUUUCAAGAUAAAGAAAUGUCGGGAAAUUUCAAAAUUAUAGUCAAAAUUUUGACACUGUGAAACGUCGUGAAAAAUGUCAAAAUUUCGAGAUUAAAAAAAUUUAAAUUUUGAGAUUAAAGUCGAAAUUUUGAGAGUGGACUCCACAUGAAUAAAGUCGAAAUAUUGACUGAAAGAAAAAAAAAAUGGUGAAAAUAGUGCUAAUUCAAGUCUGCUCUUUUGCAGGAUCCAAACCAGCUGAUCAGAGCCAGCGCUCUGCGAGUCCUCUCUUACUUAAUCGAACAUAAAUAA